AUGAAAGACAAUUCUGUUUUCUUGUUAUUAUUCUGCAUUAUCUUGCUGUUUCUAGGAGAAGGGAAUGGAAGUAACGAUGACACUAAACGGGGCGUUUAUAUCGUGUAUAUGGGAGCCGCGGCUUCAACAAAUGUUUCACUUCGUAGUGACCAUGCUUAUGUUCUGAAUUCAGUGCUAAGAAGGAAUGAGAAGGCUUUAGUACGCACCUACAGACAUGGUUUCUCGGGGUUCGCAGCGCGUUUAUCAGAAGAUGAGGCAAACUCAAUUGCUCAGAAACCUGGUGUUGUGUCUGUCUUCCCCGACCCCAUUCUGAAGCUCCACACAACACAUUCCUGGGAUUUCCUCAAGAACCAAUUUCCAGUCAAAAUUGACGACCCAAACACGGUCUCCAAUUCUUCUUCCUCAUCAGACAUCGUCAUUGGCGUCUUAGACACAGGUAUAUGGCCGGAGGCGGCAAGUUUUGCCGACGAGGGUAUGGGUCCUGUUCCUUCCCGUUGGAAAGGCACCUGCAUGAAAUCACACGACUUCAAUUCAUCUAACUGUAACAGGAAGUUAAUCGGAGCAAGGUAUUACCCAGACCCUGAUAAGGACGAAGAGUAUGACACACCAAGGGACAUAGAAGGGCAUGGGACCCACGUGGCGUCGACGGCGGCGGGAGUGGCCGUGAGUGGUGCGUCUUACUAUGGUGUUGCGGCGGGGACCGCCAAGGGUGGGUUACCGGAAUCAAGAUUGGCGAUUUACAAAGUGUGCUUUAAAUAUGAUUGCCCUGGCUCCGCAGUUCUUGCGGCGUUUGACGAUGCCAUUGCGGAUGGAGUGGACGUGUUAUCGGUCUCGCUGGGUCCCAUCUAUGUGUUUAGGUCCGAGUUGAAAUCCGACCCAAUUGCCAUCGGAGCCUUCCAUGCCGUGGAGCGUGGCAUCGUCGUGGUUUGCUCCGCCGGGAACGAUGGACCAAGUUCAAACACCGUUGUCAACGAUGCGCCUUGGAUUUUAACCGUCGGAGCCACCACCAUUGACCGGGAUUUUCAGUCCAACGUUGUCUUGGGUGGUAACAAAGUGAUCAAGGGCGAAGGCAUAAAUUUGUCCCCCCUCUCAAACUCUCCCAAGUAUCCAUUGAUAUAUAGUGAGUCGGCCAAGGCAAGUGGCGCCACCUUAGAUGAAGCAAGGCAAUGCUUCCCAGAUUCCUUAGAUGAACAUAAAGUGAAAGGGAAGAUUGUAAUUUGCGAUGGCAGAGAUCAUUCAUAUGAUACUGGUUUAAAAGUUAAAGCUGUGAAACAAGCAGGAGGAUUUGGUUUGGCUCAUAGUACUGAUCCAAAAGGAGCAGAAGCAUCAAUUUAUGGGGGCUACCCUGCAACAGAGAUAAGUUACAAAGAUGCUGCCACAAUGCUUCAGUAUGUCAAUUCAACCAGCAAUCCAGUGGCAACAAUUCUACCAACAGUUACAGUGAUUGAUUAUAAGCCUGCACCCAUGGUGGCAUCCUUUUCAUCAAGAGGACCUUCUACAUUUUCACCGAAUAUUAUCAAGCCUGAUAUUGCUGCGCCAGGGGUUAACAUUCUUGCAGCAUGGAUUGGUGGCAAUGGCACACAAGACGUUCCAAAAGGAAGAAAGCCUUCCCAUUUCAAUAUCCUCUCAGGGACUUCAAUGUCAUGCCCACACGUUGCAGGGAUUGCAGGCAGCAUCAAAUCUCAGAACCCCACUUGGAGUGCCUCUGCAAUCAGAUCAGCAAUCAUGACCUCAGCAACUCAAAGCAACAGCUUGAAUGCUCCUAUAACAACGGAUUCUGGGUCAGUAGUCACACCCUAUGACUAUGGAUCAGGGCAAGUAACAAUAUAUCGACCAUUGCAACCUGGGCUAGUUUAUGAAACCAGCACCAUGGACUACUUGAACUACUUGUGUUACGUUGGACUUAAUACAACCAUGGUCAAGAUUAUCUCCAGAACUGUCCCUAAAAGCUUCAAUUGCCCCAAGGAUUCGAGUUCUCGUUAUAUUUCCAACAUCAACUACCCUUCCAUAGCAAUCUCCAACUUCACUGGGAAAGGUGUCGUGAACGUGAGUAGAACUGUAACAAACGUUGCUAAAGAGGAAGAAACAGUGUAUUCCCCGGUUGUCGAUGCUCCCAGUGAGGUAAAUGUCAAGUUGAUUCCAAAUAAACUCCAAUUUACGAAAAGUAGCAAAAAACUAAGCUACCAAAUUAUUUUUUCCUUGACUUCGACCACGCUGAAGAAUGAUCUAUUUGGAUCCAUUACUUGGAGUAAUGGUAAAUACACUGUUCGAAGUCCUUUUGUAUUAGCUAAGUAG